AUGGCAAACACCAUUGCUGGCGAAGAAAUAGUGCAUAAGCUUGCUUCACUUUUGCUCAUAUUUCUCGGCGGUAUGUAUAUUGUGCUGUUUCUUAUGGGAAAAGGCGGCCAUAGUCAUUCGUACAACCAACCCAUGAAGAAAAUGGCAGUAGCUGGCCAUAUUCGUGUUCCUGCACUAUCUCCUUGUACUACAACACUUCCGGUAUUUCUUGUCGUUGGAAAUUCAUCCUCCAUGAUGGUGUUUGCCAUCAUAGUCCUUCUAUUCAGCACAAUCUCUGUGAUGACUUCACUAGUAGCAUUAUCAUUUUAUGGAGCCAGUCAGCUGAAGUUUCAUUGGGUGGAGCGCUGGAGAGCUUGCAUAGAAGGAUGUUUUCCUUAUGAGAGAGUAUAA